AUGGCCGCACUCACCGCUACGAGGCUGGCGGGCCUGCGGGCAGCGCCCCAGAGCACCGCCCCCUCCCAUGUGAGCCUGGCCGGUGUGGCUGCCAGCCUGGGCGCCGUGGCCGGCGCCGCGCGCGCUGACGAGGCAGCCGUCGAUGCGGCUGCUGCCGAGGCGGCAGUCACUUCGGCGGUGCAGGCCGCCGAGGCAGCUGUGGAGCAGGUGGCAGAGGCUGUGAAGGACGCUCCCAACUCCACGCUGGCCGAGGCGGUAGCAGAGGCCACCGCCGCGCUCAAGGAUGCAGAGGCGGCGGUGACCGCGGCGUCCGCCCCAGACGGCGCCGUGGCGGCGGCCGUUUCCGAGGCGGCGGUGGCGAUGAAGGAGGCGUCUGCGGCUGCAGCCAGCGCCGGCGCAGACGUCGACAUCCUGGCAGCGCUGGCGGCGGCCACCGCGGCGGUGCAGGAGGCCACGGUGACGGCGCUGGAGUCGUCGGGCGUGGAUGCGGCCGCGGUGGCGGCGACCGCCGCGGCCGGCGCGGCCACCGCCACCUCCUUUGCGCAGACCGCCUACGCCUUCCUCACCACCACCGAGCCCUCGGUGCUGGCCGAGGAUGCGCUGGCAGCGAUCGUGGUGGCCUACCUCACGCCCCCGCUGGCCAAGGCAGGCCUGAACGCGGCGCGCGGAUACUCGGGCGACGUGCUGCCCACCUCCGCCCUGGACUGCCUGGCCUCCGACGGCAGCAGCAUGCUGGUGGACAUCCGGGCGGCGGCAGACAAGGAGAAGAACGGCGUGCCAGACCUUCCGGACAAUGACAAGCUGGUGGAGCUGGAGUAUGUGAGCCUGGAGGGGGCGGAUGACGACCUGCGCAACCCCAUGGGCGUCUGCGCUGAGUCCACCGCGGUGCAGAUUGCGGCGCUCAAGAGGCUCAACCGCGGCGCUGUGCUGUACCUCAUGGACGAAGCGGGCUCCGGCCCCGCCAAAGCAGUUGCCAAGCAGCUGCGCGCCCGCGGCUUCAGCAAGGUGUAUGUGAUCUCCGGUGGCGCCGCCUCCUGGACCUCCUCCAAGCUCAGCACGCGGCGGUGGAAGUCGCCCUCGGCGCUGCUGCCGCCGGGCAGCCAGUCCAAGGUGGUGGAGUCCAAGGCUUCCGUCAUGGCCUGA